CAACUACACCUACUACAUACAACACCGUGUUCAUUGACAUAACAUCCUUCUCGAGGACCUCUUUCGCUACCAUUUCAUUCUUCUAUCUUCCGUCUUGACACCUAUGCCCCGUCGGCGCCCGCUAGGAGGAGCCCGAGACCUUCCACCGCUGAAGAUCAUCCGCAAGAUCCUCCUGCUCCAGCUCGCAUACUAUGGCACUGCGUCGGUGCUGAUCCUCUUCACGACCGUCGUCUACGGGACGGUGUUUUCCUUCGACCUCAUCCUCAGCUGGGAUGCGGUCCGGGGUGAUACAACCGUCGGGUGGAUGUUAGGCUUGGUCUGGGUGUUGAGCAGUUUAAUAAGUGUCAUCUUUCUUCUCCUUCUCGUCUCCCGCUCGAAACUCAUCCCCGACUUCGCCCUCACCAUCCACUUCCUCCAUCUGAUCGCCACCUCGCUCUACACGCAUGCCAUCCCCACCAACUGGUUGUGGUGGGGGCUCCAAUGUGCCAGCGCGAGCCUGAUGACCUUCAUGGGUAUCUGGGCGUGUCGGUGGCGAGAACUCCGGCCCAUCGCUUUCGGAGGGAACGGUUCUGCCUCUACUGCUCUGCAAACGGCUGCGUCUGGUGACGCCGCGAAUGGUCACCCCCAGGAGGAUGGGGAGCAUGAGUCGUUUACUCUCUCGCGGGGGCGCGGGCGUGGUAGAAAUCUUCAUGAUGGGGGUGGCGAGUACGAAAUGGUCCAGAUGAAGGAGGAGACGGGGAGCAAUGCUGUUUGAUUUUGAAACGAAGACGACAUGAUCUUUUUUUUUUCUUUUUA